CCUGACAUUUAUUUCCCCACGCAAUUCUCCUGCUUUGCUCCUGUCCUUGUCCCUCUCUCCAUCGUUUUCUCUCGUUCUUUUGUUUCUCUAGACGUUCCACACACUCUCUGCCUAAACUUUACAAUGGCCGCCACCAAUGGAGCCUCGAACGACUUCACCGUCAAGGCCGGUCUGGCUCAGAUGCUGAAGGGCGGUGUUAUUAUGGAUGUUGUCAAUGCGGAACAGGCCCGCAUUGCCGAAGAGGCCGGUGCCGCCGCUGUCAUGGCCCUCGAGCGUGUCCCCGCCGAUAUCCGCGCACAGGGAGGCGUCGCCCGCAUGUCCGACCCCUCAAUGAUCAAGGAGAUCAUGGAGGCCGUGACCAUCCCCGUCAUGGCCAAGGCCCGUAUUGGACACUUCGUUGAGUGCCAGAUCCUCGAAGCCAUCGGCGUCGACUAUAUCGAUGAAUCCGAAGUCCUCACCCCCGCCGACAACCUUUACCACGUCACAAAGCACAACUUCAAAGCCCCCUUCGUCUGCGGCUGCCGCAACCUUGGAGAAGCCCUCCGUCGCAUCUCCGAAGGCGCAGCCAUGAUCCGCACAAAGGGCGAAGCCGGCACUGGCGACGUCGUCGAAGCCGUCAAGCACAUGCGCACCGUCAACGCGGAGAUUGCCCGCGCCCGCGCCAUCCUUCAGUCGUCGCCUGACCCCGAGCCCGAGCUCCGCGCCUACGCCCGUGAGCUCGAGGCCCCCUAUGAGCUUCUCCGCGAAGCCGCCGAGAAGGGCCGCCUUCCUGUCGUGAACUUCGCGGCCGGUGGUGUCGCGACCCCUGCUGAUGCUGCGCUUAUGAUGCAGCUUGGCUGUGAUGGUGUCUUUGUUGGCUCCGGCAUCUUUAAAUCUGGAGAUGCAAAGAAGCGCGCUAAGGCCAUCGUCCAGGCUGUUACACACUACAAGGACCCUAAGGUGCUGGCUGAGGUCAGCCAGGGCCUCGGGGAGGCAAUGGUUGGCAUAAACGUUUCGCAUAUGAAGGAUGAGGACAAGCUGGCUAAGCGUGGGUGGUAAUACCGACACUUGACUUCAACUUCAGUUUUUUGUUUUUCUUUUUGCUUUGUAAUUUUUUUUUUUUUUUUCAUGAGCGUUGGAAAAGUUAGUAUGUAUAGCACGGUACGCGUUCGACCUGAAGAUUUUAAAGCUCUUGCAAUAGAUUUUCUUUGCUGUCUU